GCGGCGUCCUGUUGAAUCCCUAUCAUCCUCUGCAGCAAUAGAACCCGGAUGAGCCGGUCAGCUGUUUAUCAAUCAUGAUAAAUAAAGUGCGCGGAUCAGAGGGCAGUAUCAGCAUGGAUCAAAAUCCCGAUGAACGCGUGCAAAACCACAGGUGUCAGCUGCUGGACCUUCCCUGGGAGGAUGUGUUAGUUACACACGUGUUCUGCUACCUGCCGCUGCGUCACAUGGUCAGCCUGCAGCGCGUCAGCAAGAGCUUUCGUUCUCUCGUUCAGGUGUACCUGGCCAACUGCCGUAAGUUUGACCCUGCACAGACGGGGCCUCACAUUCCUAAAGAAGCCUUCUGCUCCAUGCUUCGCCACAAUCAAGUUCUCCACCAUCUCUGCGUUACCAACUGCUCCGAUUGGAUCACUGACAAAGAGCUGCUGCCCGUGAUUGGUCAGAACCAGCACCUGCUGCGCGUGGACAUGCGUAGCUGUGUGCAUCUGAGCCGUCACGCGCUGGUGGCGGUGUCUCUGAGCUGUCCGCGCCUGCAGCACCUGAGCCUGGCGCACUGCGAGUGGGUGGACAGCCUGGCGCUGCGCAGCCUGGCGGAUCACUGCUCGGACCUGCGCUCGCUGGAUGUGACCGCCUGCAGACAGCUGAAGGACGAGGUCGUGUGCUAUGUGGCGGGGAAGUGCCCGGCGUUGCGGUCGCUCUCAGUGGCUGUUAAUGCCAACAUCACGGACAUAGCGGUGGAGGAAGUGGCGAAGAAGUGCAGAGAGCUGGAGAAGCUGGACCUCACGGGGUGCCUGCGAGUACGAAACGAAGCUAUCAGGACGUUAGCGGAGUACUGCCCCAAGCUGCAGUCUCUCAAAGUGAACCACUGUCACAACGUAACCGAGUCCAGUCUGGGUGUCCUGCGCCGGCGUAAUGUGGAGAUCGAUGUGGAGCCUCCCCUGCAGAGGGCGCUAGUGCUGCUGCAGGACGUCGUGGGAUUCGCUCCGUUUAUUAAUCUGCAGAUUUAGCACUACAGGAACAUCUAGGACAUUGUGGAGUCCUGAAGAGGUCAUCUCUCAUCCAUGAUCUUUCUCUGGAAGGCUGUCUUUUGAACACAUUUUUACACCAAUGCAAUGUCACAGAAGACACAUCAACAAACCCACAUCUCAAGUGCUUGAUUCUUUUAGUGUAAUUUAGCCUUAAAAAAAAAAAGCACUACAAUUUCUUUGGUUUAAAACUGCAGGUUUUCAGAAUGGGGGCUCGAUUAAAUCUGGCCCUUUAUGAAAUAUCUUAUUUAUUGAAGCAGCUUUCUCUGUUUUUCAUGCACCAAAUGUUGUAUCAUUUUGCACUUAUGAAAUACUGUAAUAUUUGCACUUUUUUCAGUUCUGGACCAUCAGGUUUUCUCUCAGCUUCAUUAGACAAAUCUGUAAACAGGAAGGCAGAUCUUCCUCAGAAGCAAUCAAGUCAUGUUUUACAGAAGCAUACUGGUAGAUUCAGAGCUCUGUGUUGAUUGUAUCCCUAUUUAAUCUAAUAAUAGAAAUGAAUAGCAUCAUUAUGAUAAGGAACUAAACAAUAUAGAUUCUUAUUUACAAGGGAAUCAUAUGCAUAUCGAUUCAUAUGCACUUUGAAACCUCAGUUUUUGGGUAAAUUCACACUUGUGUCAAUGUGAAAAGGAUUGAAGCUGGAAAACUAAUAUCGGUUCCGAUUUACUUCACGGGUUCUCAGUGUUUGUUUGAAUAAGACACAUCUUAUUGUAUAUUUUAUCUGCAAAUAAGUGCACAGAAAUAGACUAUUUGCUGGUAUUGCUCUGUAUGUUGCAUUGAUGAUAUUUAAUCAAGACCCAAUUUUCCGAAUUGAAACAUGUUUUUAAAGUGUGGCCUAUCACAAUGUGCUUCUUUUGUAUGUUUGGGGUCUUUUAUGACCUUUAUAUGUAUUGCUUUAUUAUGAGUAUUUCAAGGAGUAUCAUGACGCAGUUUCUUGGACAGUUGUUCAUCACAAUGGUUUAUGAUUUGUGCACAUGCACUGUGCUUUAACGUGUUUUGCUUUAAUUAUGUGUGGUUGUAAAUAAGUGCAUAAAUGUUUUAUGCAAAUUGCUGAGAAAAUAUAAAGUCUUAUGCAAAA